CUGUAGAAUUGCGCGCGACACCCCGAGGCACGAAGCCCCUCGCCCCUCCCCAUACCCCCAACGUCACCGCACUCCACUCCUUUUUCUCUCGCUCUCCUCCUGAACGCUCAGAGCACGAGUUUCUGUCAAUCGAAAAUGCGAACCAGAAACCAGUCCAGGAGACUCCAUCAAUCCACCGGUGAGCAAGAAUCAACUAAACAUCAUCGUGAAUCAGAGAACAUCAAUGAUAAUGAAACUCUUGCAAAUGUAUCUCGAGAUGCUGUGGGGAAACUCUUGAAAAGAGUUAAAAGGGGGUUUAAUAAAGAAGAUAGUAGUUACCUACGUCGAUGUGAUUCAGUAGCCAAGCCACAGAGAGAACAGAAAGGGAAUGAUGACAAAUCUACAGGUACUGCAGCAGCAAGUGAUACGAGAGAAACUGAAUCUUGUAGUAGAGAUGCAAUUGAUAAUAUUCCAUCAGAAGUGAAAGUUGAGGACGGUAAGUAUUCUAAGCAAGAAAAUGAGGAUGAAAUUGAUGAUCCUGAUUGGGAGGAUGGAUCAAUUCCAGCAUCACAUUCCACAGAAAAUAAUCAAGAAGAAUUGAUCAAUGGAAUGACUGUUGAGUUUGAUGUUUCACCUGGCUCUGCAAAGCAGAAGGCAGUAAGACGGGCGACUGCUGAAGAGAAGGAAGUGGCUGAGCUUGUCCACAAGGCUCAUUUGCUUUGUCUACUAGGGAGGGGAAGGUUGAUUGAUAGCGCUUGUAAUGAUACCCUCAUUCAGGCUUCUCUACUUUCUCUCCUGCCCACGGACUUGCUGAAGAUGACAGAGAUACCAGUACUUACCGCUACCUGUUUGACUCCAAUUGUCCGUUGGUUUCACAAUAAUUUCCAUGUUAGAAGUCCAAGUGAUGCUGAGAAGUCAUGUCAUUUAGCAUUAGCAUCUGCUUUGGAGACUCGAGAGGGGACAGCAGAAGAGGUUGCAGCAUUAUCUGUGGCACUAUUUAGGGCGAUGAAUCUCACAACUCGGUUUGUCUCCAUUUUAGAUGUGGCCUCCAUGAAGCCCGAUGCUUACAAAUGUUCAUCCACAAAUAGUGGUGUAAGCAAGGGGGGUAAAGGUAUAUUUAACUCAUCAACUCUGAUGGUGGCUGGACCAAGCUGUUUGUUUGAUUCUCCUUCGAAGUUAUCAUCAUUUGAUGACAUGCAGAAGGGUAGUCAAUGUCCUGUAAGAGGUUCUGGUGAAAGCAUGGCAGAGAAAUCAAUGAAGCAUGAAUUCCAGUCCCAUGGUAUUUUUGUCACUGACAAGUCCACAGAUGGAAAAUCAGACUCGUUUACUGAGGCCGGAACUGCUGCUUCUGUUCCAGACCUAAUGGAAUCUGAGGGAUUGAAGAGAAAAGGAGAUCUUGAAUUUGAGAUGCAGUUGAAAAUCGCGCUCUCUGCCACUGCAAUUGAAAGUUCUAAAAGCACCAUGGCUCCCAGUGUGGUGGAUUCACCUAGCAAUUCUUCAACUAUCACUCCCCCUUAUAAAAGAAUGAAGAAAAUUAUGACAGAAGGUUCUUCAUCUUCGUCAAAUGGAAUAUCUACGUCAAUUGGAUCAAAAAAGGUGGGAGCCCCACUUUAUUGGGCCGAAGUUUUCUGUAAUGGAGAGAACUUGACGGGAAAAUGGGUGCAUGUGGAUGCUGUCAAUGCUAUUAUUGAUGGAGAGCAGAAAGUAGAAGCUGCAGCUUCUGCAUGCAAAAAAUCUUUGAGAUAUGUAGUUGCUUUUGCUGGACAUGGAGCUAAGGAUGUGACACGCAGGUUUCAAAUUUUUGAUCUUAUAUUUGCCAUGUUAUUCUGGUAUUGUACAAAAUGGUACAAGAUAGCAUCACAACGAAUCAAUUCAACAUGGUGGGAUAGAGUAUUGGCACCAUUGAAGGAGUUGGAGUCAGGAGCAACUAGUGGAGUCAUCAACUUAGAACAGGAAGCUUCAGUUGGUGAGGAGAUGGAAGCAUUGCGAGGAGCAGACCAAUCAGGUCGGGAGUGCCUUUUGAAAACUAAACAAUUAUGUGGAGAAUCAGAAGAGUGUAGUGACAAGGCUGCGGUGUCUUUGAUGAAGAACUCUGUAGAAGCUUCCAGAAGCUCACUUGAAGAUAUGGAAUUGGAAACUAGAGCACUGACUGAACCACUUCCUACCAAUCAACAAGCCUACAAAAAUCAUCACUUGUAUGCAAUUGAAAGAUGGCUUAAGAAGUAUGAGAUUAUGUAUCCUAAGGGACCCGUGUUGGGUUUUUGUUCUGGUCAUCCUGUGUAUCCUCGAACUUGUGUCCAAACACUUCAUACAAAAGAAAGAUGGCUGCGCGAGGGGUUGCAAGUGAAAGUUGAUGAACUUCCUGCUAAGGUUCUGAAGCGCUCUCUUAAUCGUAGUAAAGAACAAGCUCAUGUAGAUGAUGAGUAUUCUGAGGUCGAUCCUGAAGGAACCGUUUCCCUCUAUGGAAAGUGGCAGACAAAAAAAUUGUGCCUUCCUCAAGCCAUCAAUGGGAUUGUUCCUAAGAACGAACGUGGCCGUGUGGAUGUGUGGUCUGAGAAGUGCCUUCCACCAGGCACCGUCCACUUGCGGUUGCCGAGGGUGGGUCUUGUGGCCAAGAGGCUGGAUAUCGACUAUGCACCUGCUAUGGUUGGAUUUGAAUUCAGAAAUGGCCGGUCAUUCCCAGUAGUUGAGGGUAUUGUUGUUUGUGCUGAGUACAAGGAUGCUAUUCUAGAGGCAUAUGCAGAAGAAGAAGAGAGAAGAAUGGCAGAAGAGAAAAGGAGGAAUGAAGCACUAGCUCUUUCUAGGUGGUAUCAACUUCUUUCUUCCAUCAUUACUCGGCAAAGGUUGAAGAACUGCUACGGGGAUGGGGAUUCAUCACAGCCCUCCAUUGACAUCCCAAUUCCGAAUAAUAAAUCCUGUAUACCUCCCAGUCGUACCAACCAAAAGAACGUGUCUCCCAGAUGCCAUCAAGUUAACACACCAGAUGAAAAACAUAAUGCCCCUGCAACUGUACCUACACAAAAUCACGAACAUGAAUUUAUCAUGGAUGAUCAGACUUUUGAUGAAGAGAGUUCAUUACGAGUGAAGAAAUGUUGGUGUGGAUUCUCAAUACAGUUUGAGGAGUUAUAGAACCUUUCCCCAAAUAGUUCUGUUAUUUUUUGAUGUUGUAUAUGUUACUUCAUACUAACCCAAUGGAGCAUAAAAUGUCACUCUUGAUUUCAUUUGUGCUCUUCUUAGCCAUUUGCCAUUUUAAUUUACGUGUUUUUGUUCGUGCC